AUGCAAUUUUGCAAUGAACUGUUUCGUCUUUCGACAAUAUCAAAUUCCAUUGUAGUUUGCUAUUCUUCUAGAAACUUAUACAUAACAUUAAUCAUUGUUGAUAUAAAGAAAGUGACAAUCGAUGACUCAUUCACUACUACUACUGUCGAUAAUAACAAUACUACUACUUAUAAUGAAUGUAGUAGCACUAAUUGUGCUAAUGGCAGUGGAAUUCCUAUCUCCCUUUACACGAAAAUUCGAUGCCAUUUGAAAGAAAGGGUACACUUUAUUGAUUGCACAUCAGUAACGUUGAGAUAA